AUGAAGUUCGGAAAGUACAUUCAAGCCCAACAGACGGAUUGGGCUGGUCCUCAAUACCUGAACUAUAAAGGCUUGAAGAAGAUUAUCAACUCUCUCCAAAGCUCCAAUGAUCCCCACGCGACAUUUACAACGUUAGCGGCGAAUAACCCGCCAGGCGUCUCUUUCGGAGUAGCGGAUGACAAGCAUUCAGAAGAAUAUCAGGCGCUAAAGACUGCCUUCUUCUUCAAGCUUGAACGAGAGUUGGAAAAGGUCAACGCCUUUUACUUGCAAAAGGAAGCUGAUCUAAAAGUUCGUCUCCGCUCGCUGAUAGACAAGAAACGAAUAUGGCAGAGUGGAAAGAGCCGGCAAGUCAGCGCAUCCCUCCCGACGCUCAAGGAAGGAUUUUUGCAAUUUCAGCGGGAUCUCACUAAACUGCAGAAAUUUGUCGAGGUGAAUGCAACAGGUUUUCGUAAGAUCCUGAAGAAAUGGGAUAAACGAUCAAAGUCGUCAACAAAAGAGCUGUAUCUAUCACGACAGAUUGAAAUCCAGCCCUGCUUCAACAACGAUGUACUCGCAGAACUUACAGAUCAGGCGACUACGCACUUGGCAGAACUUGAAAACCUGCUUAGCAAAGAGGAUGUAGAUCCCAUUGCGAAUAUUCGGGAGGCGGUAACAGGCGAAACGCACGGUGACGUAGAAAGCGAGCUCACAGGAGCUCUAAAAGCGAAUAAUGUUUUAGGGGUACAAGAAUUUCUGUCAAAGAGAUCUCGGGAUGUUCGUGCUACGGGGCAGGGAGUGGAAGAUCGAGAGAUUUUGAGCAGAAGCUUUCUCCGUUUCUGUGUAGAAUCCAAUACGGAAUGUCUGGAUGUGCUGUUUGCAACGGGCGAGGUUGAUUGCAAUUUUGUCGAUGAUAUUAGCGGUCGCACAUCUUUGCACGAAACAUCAAUUGCCGGACGUCAGGAGGUGAUGCGGGAAUGUGUCCGCCAUGGCGCUAAUGUGGAGGCAACGGAUGUAUAUGGACGAACAGCUCUUCACUAUGCGGCAAUGUACGGUCGGCCUGAUUGUGCGCUAUAUCUUCUUUCAUCGGGUGCCAAGGUCCACGCGAUCGAUCAUGACGGAUGCACACCCUUAAUUUAUUCGAUAACCGGCGGCCACACAAAGUGUGUUGAAAUUUUAAUCGACCAUGGGGCGGUAGUUGAGCCACAUUCUGCCACGGCACCAAUCCCGCUGAAUCUCGCGUGUCAACACGGCCAGAAAGACAUUGCGAUGCUACUACUGAGUAAAGGUGCACGGUUGACAGCCAAUUCAGAGGGCCUGUUUCCGUUGCAUUUGACGUCGCGGGAGGGCCACUUUGACAUUUCGCAAAUGCUCAUCAACCAUGGCGCAGAUGUUAAUGCGCCAGACAAUCUCAACGGUUGGACGCCCAUUUUUUACGCUGCGUCAGAAGGUCAUUUGGAAUGCGCAAAAGUUCUCCUUAAAGCAGGUUGUCGGAUCAAUAUCAAAGAUGAAAGUAACUGGUUGCCGUGGACGUAUGCAUUAUAUCGAGGUCAUAUUCGGGUAGCCCGAUUGCUUGAGUUGCAAGGUGUAGAGUCACCUAUAUCUCAAGAAUUAGUACUGGCCCAAGAUGUAGGGAUUAAACCCAUGGCUCCGAGCGGUUUGUUCUCUGAAGAGAGUAAUCCCGAAGACAUGGAUAUCGACGCGCUCCCUGAUUUGUCCUUACCACCCCCUAUCAUUCCUUUCCGAAUCUAUGGCCACGCGUUCCUGGACAAGAAGCAUUAUAUUCAAGUAACGUUUCGAAAUACACAAGCCGGAUCACAAAAGUCGCCCAUCUCAUUAUUCGGAUCUCAACCUCUUUCGUCGUUGAAAAUGGUGAUCAGUAGCAAGCCAGAGGUGGGCAUUCCUUACAGUGUGAUACUACCCCUUCAAGACGACCUAGAAGUCUACACCUUUCUGGUUGAGGACCUUGCCAAUUUUUCCUUGCAAUUCGAUGUAUUUCCAACGUUUGGAACAAAGCCCAUAGGACGUGGUGUUGUCCUACCCUCCCAAUUAGCCAUGACGAUUCUCAAAAGUUGGAAUGGCGCUGGAGAAAGUGAGCCAUGCAUAUGCCCGCUUUUCGAUUCCCAUUUAAGGGUUGUGGGAGAAUUAUCGUUUGACUUUGCUGUGGUUAAACCAUUUGCGCAUCCAAGCCUGUCAAUUGGCGGAAAAGUCGAAACUUAUUGGAAAACUACAAAGGUUGUUGGCGGGAAUAAAACCGAAGGCGUGCAUUCCUUCAUCACCGCCUCCUCCUUGGCGGAAGAGUAUAUACAGGUGAUCGUUCAGCUAACAAAAGACGGUGUACCGGUUAUAUAUCCGAAAUGGCAUUUGCCCCUCAAGGAUGUCGAUCUCGGAGUAUCCAAUGUAUCAUUCUCGCAAGCUCGGGCCCUGUUUAACCGAGCAAAAGGAUCUGGUGGUGCAGCGGACAUACACAGCCCAACGUCCACUGUUUCUAUAGACACGAUGCUGAGCCCAACGUACGCCCUUAGCCAAUCACAACGACUACCAACUGGCGAUUUGGCAAAGCUGGUAUACGAUUCGUUCUUUAGCCUUCGCGAACUUCUUAUGACCUUGCCUCCUUCAGUUGGAGUUAGCAUUGUCCUAAAGUACCCGACAUCAUCCGAGCGAUCCGUCUGCAAUCUGACAAACCUUCCCGAUAUUAACACAUUCGUCGACGCUGUCCUCCAAAUUGUGUAUGACCAAGUUGCCCAUCGAUCCAUCAUUUUCAUGUCGUUCAACCCGUCUAUUUGCACGGCCAUAAACUGGAAGCAGCCGAAUUAUGGCGUCUUCUUUGGAACUCGGUGCGGUUUUGGAAUGGAUGGGAUAGACCUGGAAGACACAAAGACUGGAAUAUCUUCGCCAUUACGAAGCACGCAGGAUGAAAGAACCGAAACGGUAGAAACGGACAUGCGCUGCACAUCGAUAAAAGAGGCUAUUCGAUUCGCCAAAUCCAGUAAUCUACUCGGGGUCGUUUGCGAGGCAACGCCAUUGGUCCAAGUGCCCAUCUUGAUCAAUACGAUAAAAGAGAGCGGGCUCAUCUUGGCAACCUGUGGAUCCGCCAACGAUAGUCCUCCUAAUGUCCGAAUACAAGAGGAGCAUGGCGCCGAUGCUAUUAUCGUAAACAAUGUCUUCCGAUAUAACGUUACAUAG